GGUACGUUACGUAAUAGUUCGAGGGGGAUUGUGGGUGCUUGAGUCGUUUUGAUCGGCUCUACCAACUCGGACACUACCAUCAAACCGGGAGGUGGAACUACAAUCCAGCGUGAACCGGAAGUACUCCAAGUCUGGGUUCACUUUGUGUCAACACAUGUUCAUUCCCACCUCAGAGCCAUGUGUGUUGAGCUAAAAAACGUUGUGAGUUAUAUCGUUAGCAGUUAUUUUUGAACUAUAAAACAUGCCAAAAGACGUUUCUUCGUCUUCGAGCGAAGAUGAAACGGAUAAUGUUGCCACGGAAACAACAAAACGGCAGAAAGAACCCGCGAGGAAGACCGCGCGGUUGGAGUGUCCUGAGGACUUUGUGUCUUUCUGCCACGUUCCCUGCCGCAGCACGCUGGCAGACAAUCUGAGGAACAACGAGAACGAGUUGUGGCUCAUUAAAGCUCCUGCCAGCUUCGACCCCCUCUGCUUCAGCGGCGUCCAGGUCCCCCUGUCGGGUCUCCAGACCCUGAAGGUUCCGGGUCCGGUCCAGCAGAGCUACAGCGUCCUGGCGUCGUCCCGCCCCAACGACCUUCACCUGCUCACCAGCGACAGCCGGACGUCGGACGGCUUCGUCUUCGCUCCGGCCUUUUCCGGCCUGCUGAACAUCUGCGAGAGCUACGGGGACGCUGGCGGCGAGCGGGCGCCACGCGUCGUGCCGGCCGCCCCGGCGCCCGCCGUCCCGUCCGGCCUCAAGCAGCGGUUCCACCCGUUCGGCAGCAAGACUCCAAAGCUCACCUACGUGGCGGAGAACGAGGCGGACGGAGCCGCGUUCGGGCCGUCGACAACGACGCUGCGGCCGCUGGUGAUGAAGCAGUUCGUAGAAGAUGGAGGCCGGGUGGGUGAUGAUGACGAGGAGGAGGAAGGCAGGAAGAGAAAAAAGAAGAAGAAGAAAGAGAAGCGGAUAAAGUCGGAAGAAGCGGAAGUGUUGCUGCAGAUGAAACGGGAACCACCCGAUGAAAAUGUAGACGAAGCGAUGACAGCGGCGGUGGCAGGGAAGACAAUGAAGAAGAAGAAGAAGAAGAAGGAGGAGGACAGGGAGCGGGAGGAGGUGGAGGAGGGACUUGAGCCCAGCGUGAACGUUAAGGUGGAACCAGUUUCUGUGAAAUGUGAGCCGCUGGACGUUUUAUAUGGCGACGCAGCAGAGAGUUCAGGGAAGAGGAAGAAGAAGAAGAAGAAAAGCAGAACGGAGGAGGACGUUCACUCCUGAUUCCCUCCAUCUUUGAAAGUCUUCAGACAUAAACGCUGAAAGCUGCAGCAUGUAACGUUCAUAAAAAAGGAUUCUUUCACGUUUAUGAGACAAAUCAUCUCUGAAAAGAUUGAUCUCCUGCACCUCAUCCCUGAGCUGCUAUUGACAUCUGAAGAAAUGACCAAAAGCAACCAAUCAGAGCCUGGAGGCGGGGCUUAGCGCUGUCAAUCAAUCUCAUUUAUCGUUUAUCCUGCUAAAAGUGCUAGAGGCGGACAAACAACUCACUGUUACUGGAAAACUGUUUAUCCACCAUUAUCGGAUAUGGCUA